GGCCUGCAGGGAGCUGCUGCUCCCAGAUCCUUGUCCUCACUCUGUCUUUAACUCGACUGCAGCAGCUCCGGUUUUCCUCACAGACUCAGCCAUGGGGACGCUCUGCGCACUGACUUCCUGUUUACUGCUCGCCGUCGGAACGGUCACUGCUCAGACAGAGCCCACUAACACCAACGAGCGGGCACUGCCUCAGUGGCUGACCGGCAUCAUUGCCGUCUGCGGCUUCCUGUUCCUCGCCUUCGUCGUCAUCCUGGCGAAGAAGGCAUGGUGUGAAAACCCCAGCAGCAGGACAAGCAUUGAAGAUGUGAGAGAACGUGACAUUAUCAGCAGCAACCUGUAUGAUAUGCGCCUCAGCUCCAUCAGGAGGAAGAGCACCGAGUCAGGGAACGAAAACACCUACGAGACUAAUCUGGACGCCUUCAGGAGCAAAGAUGCACCAAACGCCUUCAACAACCUGGCAGUCGACAUCAAUGGCAAGACAACCUCCAUGUGACUGCCCUGCAGAGAGUCUAUUGGCUGUCUCAACAGGGAGUCUGGAGAGACACAAAAUUCUUUUUUUGUGCAAAUUGUAAUUCUUUGUUUUGUGUUUUAAGGUGUGAGGAGUUCACCAGGGCGAAGGAAUUUAUUUACACUUACUGUAUGAUUGGCUUUAUUUUUCCUCCUGAUUGUGAAUAAUUGAAUGUGUGGAAUUAAUAUCAAUGAUCUGUACUCAGAGUAACGCAUCAGCUGCUGUGUUUGUUAAAGGUUCAUCGACUGUGCUGACUCUGUGCUCAUUAAUAAGUUAUGUUUUCUAACAAACUGCUGUGUCGGGUCUCUGAUUAAUCAUUCAACACGACAGUAAACACUGAAGAGACUAACAACAGCAGAAUCCGGCUUUGGGCGGUGGGGGGUUGAAUGAAAUUAAUAAAAGUCACAUGCAGUUCAUCUAAUGUCCAGCAGAGGCAGCAGUGAGUCAGUCACCAUAUUAAAACGUCACAGCAGAAAUAAAGAUUUGUACAGCCUGAUGCUGAGGGUGUGGUGUUUUCUUU